AGUUCGGAGGUCCAGAGUGAGCUGACAUUGUUGGGGCUGAAGCCUUUAUUUCAGGUGACAGCCACCAGUGCCAAACUGGAGGAGGACGUGUGUGUUGAACCCUGACUGGUUUCUAUAUUUAGUCUCCCAGUGAGUUUUUUUUUUUUGCUCGCGGUCCCGGUAUGGCUCUGGGUUCUCCGGUGACAGCCCGGCCCUGCCUGGAGCUCUGCAGACUGCCGAUCUGUCAAACAGCGCUUCAGGUUUCAUCUCCACCAACUAUUACAGAGCAAGAUCUGUUCUUCCACAUUGGAAAUCAUUAUUGGCUGGACCCUCUUUCAUCUUCCCCAAAAACGCACUCUUUUGCUGCAUAGCGUUGCCAUGCUGCCGGGAGGCUGUGAAUGAGAAGGUAUGUCAUCAGACUUUGACUCCAGAGAUGAUCUGGUGGAGAGGGGGUCCAUCCCCCUGGACAUCGACAAUGUCCACAUGCUGCUGCAGGUGGAACAAGAACAGAUCCAGAAGAAGACCUUCACCAACUGGGUCAAUGCUCAGCUGGCAAAGCGGAGGCCACCAUGUAUGGUUCUGGAUCUGUUCAAUGAUUUCCGUGAUGGCUCCAAACUGCUGGACCUGCUGGAGGUGAUGAGCGGCCAGCGCCUUAGUCGGGAGAGAGGAAGGGGAAUGUUUCAGCAUAGGAGCAACAUUGAGAAGGCCCUUUCCUUUCUAAAGCAGAAAUCGAUCAAACUAGUCAACAUACACAUUCCUGACAUUAUUGAUGGUAAACCGUCGAUCAUUCUUGGCCUCAUAUGGACAAUCAUUCUACAGUAUCAUAUUGAGGAGUUGGCCAGCAGCCUCUCAUUCAGUUCCCGCCAGGCCUCCAUGGAGUCCUUGGCCAGUCUGGAUUCGCGCUCCACCUUGUCAAGCCGCUCGGCCAGCAGCAGUCCUGUUCCUCCCAGAGGCUCACCACUACAUAACCGUUUCAGGGUUUCUGCCAGGAAGGCCCUGCUGCUGUGGGUUCGGGAACAGUGCCACAAAGCUGGCUGUUCCAUAAAUGUGAAAGACUUCAAAGCCAGCUGGAGGAGUGGAGUGGUCUUCCUGGCCAUCCAGUACGCUCUGCGCCCUGACCUGGUGGAUCUGUCCAAAGCCAGAACCAGAAGCAACAAGCAGAACCUGGAGGAGGCCUUCCACAUCGCAGAGAAGGAGCUGAGGAUCCCCCGACUGCUGGACCCUGAUGAUGUGGACGUUCGGGACCCUGAUGAGAAGUCCAUCAUGACCUAUGUGGCCCAGUUCCUGCAGUACUCUAAAGACCUGCCAGUGCCAGAGGAAGAAACGCAGACACCGUACCUGACUCUUCCUAAAAGUCCUUCUCCUAUCAACCUGCCUGUUCACUACACUCCUGCUAUUUCUGCUUCACCUCUGCGACAGGCGACACCUAAUCAAAAGGCACAGGAAGUGACCUGCUGGCUGAUUCAGGCCUACGACGAGCUGCUAGAGGGAUGGGACUCCACAGAGGGAGAGAGCUACUCUGAGAGAUACCACGUAUUUCAGACCUUCCUGGUGUCCUUUAAUGAGCAGCGACGUCCCAUCAUGCCAUUGUUGACAGCGAUGAGACGAACCUCGAAACUGAGCGAGGAGCAGCAGUCCCUCAGAGAGGCGUGGGACACCCUCACUGACAAGUUACGUGAAUACAAAGUGUUAUUAGACAUGAGUCUCCCGGCACCCUUGGACGCGGUGGCUCGCUGGCUGCUGAAAACAGAGAAGGCUCUGGCCGAGGAGGAGGGUGAGUCCCAGGACCACGGCCGAGCCGCUGACGACGCCAGGGAGAAACAGGAGCUCCUCAGGGCCUGCCCGGAGGAGAUGCCGCAGCAUGUGAAGACCUUCCAGUCCUUCCAGAACUUAGAUGAGUAUGGAAAUAUGAUGGUUCCUACUGACAAGAUGGAGGAACUAAAGAGGAGGUUCACCAGUGUGAGAGUGACUGUUAAAUACCAUGGGAUCAAGCUGGAGUACCGGGAGCACAAGCAUACAGUUUUGGAUCUGUUGGGGCAGAUCAGGACCAAGCUGCGGCUCUGGAAAAGACCCUACAUCUCCCCGGAGGCUGUCAGGGUGUUGCUGCAAGAAUGGCAUGACGUGGUUAACACACAGGAGCUACCGUCUUUACUGGAAGCAGCUCUUUAUAAGCUAAAGCAGGUUUCUGAGAAAUAUUCAAGAAAAUCUGCCCUUGCUGCAGAUUACCACCAAGUCAGUCAGCAGGUGAAGCAGCUGGAGGAGGACACCGCCCAGGUUUUGGAAGAGGUGACCACAGCCAAGAGCACCAUGGGAAGGGUGCUCUCGGCCUGGGACUCCUACAGCGAUGGCCUUAGCUCCCUGCAGGCUUGGCUGGAGCAGGGCUCUUCAACACACAGCCAUGGCCACAGACCUCAGGUGACGUCUGAGUCUCUGGCUGAGUGGGGCUCCAGACAGGCCCACCUGAAUGAGGUGGGUAACUUCCUGAUGGAGGCAGCAGACCCUCAGACCAGCAGGAGCCUGGCAGAGGAGCUGCGCAGACUCAACAUGCACUGGGCCGAGUUCAACAAGAGAAACACAUUUGACAACACGGCUGAGCCAAGUGCUGACAUCCAGACUAGACCCCAGGACAUCCAAGCUCUGAGCAGAGAGGCCACUCUCCUUCUCAAAGAGCCUCUGGAGACCAUGGCAGGCCCCUUACGCACCUACAGAAAAAGAAUACAGCUCUUAAUGAGGAAAAUAAAAGAAGUUGAUCUUGAGGCUCUGGCUCCCUCCCAAGAAUGCCCAGCAGAUCAGUUACAGAAACUGAAGCUUGCUAUACCUGAAGUGAUGCAGACCUUGUUUGAGGCAGAACAUGUGUGUAUAGAGCUGCAGCACAGUGUAUCGGGUCUGGACAGCCGCCUGGCUGAACUCCUGCACUGGGAGACUGAGGCCCGGGAGCUCUACCAGCUGCUGAGGGCCGCAGAGCGACAAAAACAGCGGGGCCAGGACCCACGAGCCAGGGUCCUGAUUUCCCGUGGUCUACAGCUGGAGGGCCAGGUGGUCACAGAGGAGCAGGACCUGCAGGUGAUGGUGAUGACAACUCAGAAGAACUCUCCUAUCCAGUACCUCCACGCCUCUGCCAUGCAGGACCGCGUGCGAGCCGCUGUUGCACAGUCACAGGAAGCUGUAGGUAUGCUGAGCAGCCUGGGAGCCAGAAGAGACAGAAGCAGAAGCCCUCCAGAAGGGUCUCCUCCAUCAAAAGUCUACAAACAGGCUGAAGAAAAGCCUCAACAUCUGAGACAGUCAGACACACUCAGAUGGCUAACUCAGCAGCCCAAGACAAAGUUAGUUUCUCAUCAUGAAACCUUUGUGCCAAAGAUAGUUGUGCAGGAAUACAGAGAAGAAAAGGUGACUUCUCCUCCACUGCCAUAUACCUACGCACAAGCUGUGAUGCAGACCAGGACAAAGUCGCCACCAGAAGGCCAGGCUCAGGCAUGGCCAGAGACCGUUGCACAAAAACAGCAGACUCAGAAACAAGGAUUGAUACAGCAGCAACAGCUACUACAGCAAGAACAACUUAAAAGACAGCCGGAAAAAGAGCUACAACAGCAAGAACUCAAGCUACAGCAUCCACAAGAUGUGCAACAGCAGGGGGCGAUGCAAACACAACCACAGCAACUGCAGCAGAAGCAGAACCAACAACAUGUGGAGCAGCAUGUAGAAAUGCAUCAAUAUCAAGUUCAGCAGCAGGUGGUAUCAGACAAACAAACAUCAGAGCCCCACAAGCAGACUUCACUUCAACAACCACCUGUAAAGAAACCGCAUCUCAGCUCCCAGGAGCUUCAAAGCAGAAAGACUCAGGCCAUGAAGAACCGGCCCUGGCUUCAGAAGCAUAAAACUCCAGAUCCAGAACAGGAUUCCACUCAGGAACCAAUUCAGACUAGACAGACUCAGCCACAGUCAGACAGAGAAACAGCAGCAUCAGUUCAGGUUGUUCCACAGCAUACAGCAAGUGCCAGGCCACAGCCUGAGGCACAUGCAAAAGAUACUAAGCAGCCACAAAAACAGCAAAAAGAUCAACAAAAAGAAACACAGCAACCUCAAACUCUAAAGCUGCAGCAGCAGCAAGAACAUCUGCAACAUCAGCAGCAACAACAAAAAGAGAAGCAUCAGCAACAACAACCACAGCGACUGGAAAAACAGCAAAAGCAACAGGAGCAAUUGCUGCAGCAACAACAACAGGAAAAACAACCACAGCCUAUUGUAAGACCAGCUCAACCAGAUACAGACACCAAGGCUAAAUCUCAGACCGUAACUAUGGCUCAGCCUCACCCACAAACAAAGGCCCAAAAUCAGACACAACCCCAAACUCUGGUUCAGUCUAAAUCUCAGGCAGCCUUUCAAGUGCAAGUGCGGUCCACAAGUGACGGUCAGCGACCACUGAAGACCAUGUCCCAAAACAGAGUGAGCCAUAGUCAAUCACAGACAAAGGUUUUGCCACAGCCCCAUGGCCCCAGUAAGACACAGUCAUUGACCCAGCCACAGACACAACUACAGCUCCAGCCCCAGGUUCAGACUCAGUCCCAAACAUGUGUCCCAGCUGGACCUCAGGCGUCUAUGCAGCCACAGGGUCUAGCCCUUAGCCCAGCUGUAGCUCAAGUGCAGACAUGGGCUCAAGUCAGACCUUCGUCUCCUAUUCAGGCUCCACUGCAGGGCCAAAUUCAGCCUCCUGUGCCAUCCCACAUUCAGCUUCGUAGUCAUCCACAGUCAUGGGCCCCUGUCAGGCCGCCUUCCCCUAAGCCACCAACACAUGCCCAUGUUCAAACCCAUCCUCAGCCAAAGACCCAGUCUCAAAUCCAUGCCCAGUCCAUGGCCCAGGUUCAAACCCAUCCUCAGCCCAUGGCCCAUCCUCAAACCCAUGCCCAGUCCAUGGCCCAGGUUCAAACCCAUCCUCAGCCAAAGGCCCAUCCUCAAACUCAUACCCAGUCCAUGGUCCAGGCUCAAAUCCAUGCUCAGCCAAUGGCCCGACCAAGUCAUGCCCAACCUUUGACUCAAAAUCAAACCCAAGCUCAACUUGUAGUUCAUCCUCAGGGUCAUUCUCAGCCUAUGACUCAGUAUGCCACACAUGCUCAGCCAGAGGUCCAGCACCCAGGCCAUAUUUCCCAGGGCCAAAUCCAUGCUUGGAGUCAAGUUACAGUAUCAUCCCCAAUGUCUGUCCAGCAUCCACAGGCCACAGCACAACCUCCAUUUUACCCCCAAGGUUACUCCCAGGGUCAGUCUUCAUCCCAGCAGUGGACACUCAAACAAGAGCCACAAAACCAAGCCAUUGCCCAGCAGAGGCAUCCAAUUCCCCAACCAUACCCUCAGCAAAUAUGUCAAGCUCCACAGUCUCAGGCUUAUCCAACACUUCAGGCUCUACCACAGUGGCCCCAAGCUGGGCCCCAGCAAGGACCUCAAGUUGGGCCCCCCAUGUAUUCUCACAUGGGGCCAUCCUUUCCUCAGCCUCAGAUGCAAACCCAACCCUGGGCUCAAACACAACCCCAAAUGAGACCUCAGAGUUCCAUGCAACAACAACCUCAGAUGACAGCUUAUAAUAUGUUGCAUAUCCAGACGCAACAAGGUCAAGUUCAGCAACAGACUUGGGUUCAAGCUCAGCCUCAACUUCAGCCCCAGCCUUAUGCACAGCCUCAGUGUCAGCAAUAUUCACAGGUUCAGCAUCAAACUCAGCAUCACCCACAGCCUCAGAUGCAAGCUCAAAUACCUCCCCAAUCGCAACCACCACACCAUGCCCAUCCUUCACAGCUUCAACUCCACUCCCAGCUGCAGGACCAGUCCCAAACACACAUCCAGACCCAGUCAUGGGUACCGGGAAAGCCCCAGGCCCAGACUCGUCAGCCUCAGCUCAAUCUUAAGUUGCAGCAGCCACCUCCACAACCCAAACAUCAGGCCCAGCUCCAGCCACAACCAAAUAUUCAGUCACCAACUCAACCAAAAGGUGAAUCACAUCCACAAUCCAAACCUGUUGCCCAAUUGGCACCACAACCAGGGAUUCAAUCACCAACUCAACCUAAGGUUCAGUCACCAACCCAACCCAAGGACGAAUCACUGCCACAAGCCUUAGCUGAGCCCCAGUUUCCACCUCAACCCAUGGCUCAGUCAAAAAUGAAGGCUGAAUUACCACCACAACCCAAAUCACAGGCCCAAACCGCACCACUACUCAAGGCUCCAUCACCAACUCUACCCAAGGUUCAGUCACCAACCCAACCUAAGGCCCAGUCACCACCACAGGCCCAAACAGCACCACUACUUGAGGCUCAAUCACCAACUCUACCCAAAGUUCAGUCACCAACCCAACCCAAGGCCCAAGCACUGCCACAGCCCAAACCACAGGCACAAUUGCCACCACAGCCCCAACUUCAGGCUCAGUCCCCAACACUACCCAAGGCCCAAACUGCACCCGAAUCUAAGGCCCAGUCACCCCCACAGGCCAAACCUCAACUUCCACAGUCAAAACCUCAAACCCAGUCUCCUCCGCAACCCAAACCUCAACAGUCCCAACCUAUUCUCCUCUCCCAGGUCAAUGUUCUUCCUCAGUCCCUGGCAGAGUCACCAGACCUGUGCAUUAAACCUCUGGCCCUGGCCCAGGUGCCUUCCCAGGCCUACACUGAGGCUUACUCCAAGGCCCAGGCUUUGGCCAGAAAUGGCUUUGAGGAGGCCAAGCACUGUCUGCAGGAGCACAUCCUUGAAACCAUUAACGUUUUUAAAGACAAAUCUAUAUCAGCCGAGCAAGCAUCAGUGAAAGAGGAGACUCUGAAGACCCUGGACCCAGAGUUGCUAGAGGAGUUCUUGAGAGCAGCCAAGGGCAUGGAGGCCUUUUGUACCCCCUCACAACUCAGAGACAUGGAGUUAUUUACCCAGUCUGUCAGGACACAGUGGGAGGCUGUGAGAGCUGAGAUCUCAGGCUUUUUGCAACAUUUACGUUUUGAAGUAACAAGGAAAGACUUUAACAAAGCUGCCCUGCAGUGUGAGAUGCACUUAAGCUCCCGCUUAGAAAACCAGGUCCAGGCUUGUUUCUCAGCAGAGGAAAGCUUUGCCCAGGCAGGGCAGCACCUCGAGGCCUUGAAAGAGCUGUGUGACACCCUGAGCCCUGAGGAUGCUCACCGCCUGGCCCAGACUCAGCUGAGGGAGUGUGAGACGAGGCUGGCUGCCAUCCAGCGGCAGUUCAGCGGGGACCAAGACACACCACUCCCUGAUUCUAGGAUUCCUGUUGCCUUCAGCGAGGAUCUGACCACACAAAACGAAUCUACAAGACCAAGUGACAAACCUCAUGUCUCCACUGAGGUUCUUCAAGUGACAAUGAAUACAGUCUGUAUGGAGAGGAGGGAGGUUGAAAAGCAGGCAUCUGUAGAGGAAGAAGUCACCAAAAAGGAGGCUUUAGAAAGAUAUGAGAAUUGUAAGAGGUCUCUGCAAACCCAACUGGCUAAAAAUGAACAGAGUAUCAAGGAUGUGCCCUCUGAUUCCGUCUCUCUGAAAGGCCUGCAUACACGGCUCCAGGAAAUCCAGUUCUUGAGGCAGGAGACAGAGUCUCUGUGGUCUGAGUAUGCAAACCAGUGUUCCCAGUUGAGCGGGAACACUGGUCUUGAACAGGGGAAGGCCGAGCUGCAGGAGCAGUGGCGCAGCCAACAGUCUAAACUUCAGAGGAUGGGCAGCUCGCUGGGCGCCGCCCUCAGACAGAUCGACUCCACCGAAAACCACAUGGUGGACUUCACCGACCGCCUGGACCGCUACCUGAGACAGCCCAAAGACAUCACUGCCUUCACACUGGCCAACACCAACAUCCUCAAAGAUAUCAAGGAACUGGAUGACAACAUCCAGAGCGAGCUGGACCAGCUGUCCCGUCUAGACCCUGACUCCAGUGAUCUGGACCCCAGAGACUGCUUCCCUCUGUCCCGUGAGGUGGAGACUCACAGAACCAGCCUGGAUCAGCUUCGACAGCAGGUCCGGAAGAGUGAAGCAGCUGCCCGUGCCCUCGACCGUUUCCUCAUGUCGCUGCGUACUGUGGACGAGGACAUCUCUGGAGUCCAGGGCGCCCCCUGCAGUGACACUGUGAUACUGCAAGACUAUCGCUCCAAGCUGGCUCUGAUCCGGCAGAGCGGCGACAGUCUGAAAGAAAAGGCGCCUCAGCUGGAUGUGCUCCUGCAGGGGGCCCGGUUGACGGUCACCAGGGAUGGAAUCCCGGCCUCCUGCCUGGACAUGGUGACUGCCCUGCUGAGGAGGCUGGAGGAGGCGGACAGUAGGCUGGCCAGCCAGCAGAAGGGCCUCCAGAAGGAGACGCAGAGCAAAUCGCUGGGCCUGAGGAAGAGGACGCUGCUGGGGGAGCUGAGGAAGCUGCAGGACACAAUUGAAACACAAGGCGUGAAGGAGCCCACCAUGCAUGCUGUGCAACACAGCCUCCGUGCCCUGUCCGAUUUGGAGAGUCAGCUGCAGGCCCAGCACGCAGAGCUCCAGAACCUCCUGGAACUUCAAGAGAAACAGGGAGGAGGAGAACACCUCCUUCAGGAGCUGGAGCGUCAGUGGAUGGACACUCAGACAGCUUUCUUUGACAGAAAGAAGCAGUGCAGCAUCCUGCUGGAGCUUCUGAAGAAGUUUCAGAGCUGCCGCAGUCACCUGAGCAACACCAUGCAGAAAGCAGAGCAGAGCAUCAGUGAUCAGGCCUCCUACCUGGGCAAGGGCAACCUGCAGAGAAGUAUUACCACGGUGUGUGAUAUUAAGGCAGAGCUGGCAGGUAUUGGGGAGCGUAUGGAAGAGAUGAGAAGUGUUUGCAGACAGCUGCAGUCCCAACUCAAGAAGUUCCCAGACUGCCGCGAGACUCCCUUUGAAGCCGAGGCUGACACACUCAUGGACAACUGGCUGGAUGUGACGGAGAAGACAGAUGCCUACAUGGAUAACCUGCGGGUAGGGGUGGAGCUGUGGGACAAACAGCUGAUGCUGGGGGGGGAGGUGGACAGAUGGGCAGGGGCCAAACUGGCCCUGUUUGCAGAGAGCCAUCCCUUCCACAACAAGCAACAAGUUCUUGCCAUGAGGGAUGAGAUCCAUGUCAAUGAGGAGAACAUUGAGCAUUUCCACAAGAAGUCUGUAGAGAUCCAGGAGAUGCUGCAGAGUCGGGAAGCACCACUGGAGCUGCAGGUGAUGGAAACCCAGCUGAGGAAGCGGAUGGAGCAGGUGAAGGAACUAUUUGCCGACUGCACCGACGUCUUCGAGGAACUGAUGGCUGUGAAGAAACACCUAGCUGAGAAGAUAGAGCAGUGCCAGUCAGCUGUGGAGAGGAUCCAGGGUUCUGUCAGUAAUGUUGACGCUUCACAACCAAAGGUCGAAGACCAGUUACAGCAUCUGUGGGAUAAACUGGAGGCUCAGGAGCAGCAGGCCGAGGCUGCGAUGAAGGAGGUUGGCUUGGUUUCCAGUGUAGCCAGUCCUCAGGUGCUGGAGGUGCUGUCUGUAGACUGCAGCAGGCUGAAGGAGGCCAUCUCCCGCACCCAGGCCAUGAUCCAGCUGAAGAGAGAGGAGAGGGACAAAGGCCUGCUCAAUGUUAUCAAAGAUGAAAGGCAGUCGUUUGAGGAUUGGUUCCAGGACUUGCAGCUCUCCGUCAAUGAGUGCUUUGAGCACCCUGAGAGCAGAGCAGACGUGGAAACAUCCCUGCAAAGACUCACUGUUUUUUUAAAAUCCAAGGAUGCAGAGAGACGUCUCGAGCAGCUGAAGGUUCAGCUGGAGAGAGGCAGCCAGCAGGUUCCUCUCCAGCAGCUCUCAGAGUUCACUGACUGGCUGAAGGAGCAGCAGAAGGAGGUGGCCACGUUCAGAACCCACUGCCUCAACAGGCAGAAACAAAUGGAGCUCCUCCUCAGGGACUUGAACAGUCUGCAGAAGCAACACAAUAGCUUCCGUGACUGGCUUCAAAACAAAGAAAAACAGCCCGUGGAGGUAGACAAAGUCAAACUUCUACUCAAAAACCUUCAGGAUGAGAGCAGUAGAGCUGAGUCUCUCAGUGAGCUCUUAGCAUCAGUGCGCAGACAAGGCAUCCGAGCUGAAAGCCUCCUGAAGGACGGCGACAACUUAAUACAACGCUACAGAAACCUGGAAAGCAGGCUGCAGAGGCAGGCAGAUGCCCAGAGCGCGCUGGAGGCAGAAUGUGACAACUUUAAUACUCAGGCUCAGAGCACCAGGACCUGGAUCACCAAGCUUCUGCAGCCCCUCACCCCCUCUGACAGAGACACCCAGACACAGGAGAGGAAGCACAGAGCACAAGCCAUCCUGAGCUCCAAAGCCGAAGGAGACUCUAAAAUGAAUGCCCUGAGGAGACAAAGUGAAAGUCUGUGUGAGCGGGAGGACCUGCAGGACGGCAGGAAACAAGAGGUCCAGCAGUCGCUCCGAGAAACAGAGGAGCAGUGGAGCACGGUUCUGCACAAGGCUGAGGAGAAUCUCAGCCAGGCCCAAACACAAGCCCUGUUGGGCAAGGACUUAGACGCUGUCAAAACCCAUAACGAAAAUGUUCAGUCCUGGAUCAGAGACCAGGAGCAGAGCAUACAGUCGCUUGCUGGUUGCAUGCAAGUUGAAGAAAAGCUCCAAAUUGCACAAGCUAUUCUGAGCUCCAAGCCUGAUGGAGAGUCAAAGCUCCAGCGUCUGAAGCGACAAUGCCAGAGUCUGUGUGACAGCCAGGGCUUGGACCAGAGCAGCAGACGAGAGGUUCAGGACACAGUCAGACAAACCGAGGAGCAGUGGAGGAAAGUGUUGCAGGCCGCUGAGGACGGUCUCAACAAGGCACAGGCUGACGCUGCUACUGAAAGGGACUUUGAUGCUUUCAAAAGCCAAAGUGAAAGCAUCCAGUGCUGGAUCAAAGAGCAGAAGCAGAAGCUGUUGUCCCUCGGCAGUCACAUGCCGUUUGAAGAAAGGUUACAGGUCGCACAGGCUGUUAUGACUUCCAAACUUGAGGGAGAGUCCAAGGUACUGGAACUGCAGACACAAGGGGAAGGUCUGCGUGAACAUCUGGAGGAGAGCAGGAAACCAGAGGUUCAGCAGCUGGUGGAAGACACAGAGCAGCAGUGGAGAGCACUUCAGCAGGCCGCCAGGCAGGCCGAGCUCCGGAGUCUUUCAGACGACUUCGACACUCAGAGUAAAAACACUCAGUCCUGGAUCCGAGACAGACAACAGCAGCUACAGGCUGUGGGCAGUCACACACCACCUGGCCACAGAUGCCAUGCAGCUCAGACCAUCCUGAGCUCCAAACCUGAAGGUGACUGUACGGUAAACAACCUGAGGAGGCGAAGCCAGAGUCUGUGUGACCAUCAGGACGCAGACGAGGGCAGGAAAGCCCAUGUUCAGAAGGCCAUCAGAGACACGGAGGAGCAGUGGAAGACAAUCCUGCAGGCUGCUAAACAGGUGGAAGCUGCUGCAGCAGCCGAGAUCGCCCAGCAGACUGAGAGGAGAGCGUCGGAGCUGAAAGAAUUUGAUACCCAGCAGCAGGACACCGGCAGCUGGCUUACAGACCUGCAACAACGACUGGACUCUCUGAAAAGCCAAACCAAAGCUAAGGACAGACUGCACGUUGCUCAGGCCAUUGUGAGCUCCAUGCCCGAAGGAGACUCCAGUCUCCAGGAGCUCAGGAGACGAUGCCAGAGUUUGUGUGGUCAGAACCUGGGAGAACCCAAAAAUCAAGAGGUUCAACAAAAAGUAAGAGGCGCUGAGGAGCAGUGGACGAGAGUCCUGCAAAAUGCUAAACAGGUCCUGGAUCAGGCGGAGAAGCAGUGUGCUCUGGAGGGCAAGCUGACAGAAUAUGAAGCCUUGAGAACAAACACCAGAGCCUGGCUGGAAGACAAGCAGCGGAGCCUUAUCUCUCUGGACAUUCAGACAGAUCUAGAAAAGACAAUAAACACCGCACAGACUGUCCUGAGCUGUAAGCCUGAGGGAGACUCCAGGAUGACAGAACUGAGGAGACAGAGUCAGAUUCUGUCCGACCUGGAGGAGAACACGAGACGGGAGGUUCAGCAGACGGUGAAAGAUUUAGAGGAGCAGUGGAGGACAGUCCUGCAGACUGCCGAGAACUCUCUGGAGAAAGCUGACAUCUAUUACUUGCUCUCCAGGGAGCUGGAGGUCUUCCGCACCAAAGCAGGGAGAACUCAAACCUGGGUCAAAAAGCUCCAGCAACAGGCCGAGUCCAAAGGGAGCGGCACUCAGGGCAGCCACGCUCAGUUAGAGGACCGGCUGAACACAGCACAGGGCAUCUUGAGCUUCAAGUCCAAUGGUGAGGCUCAAGUGAUGGAGCUGAAGAGACGAGCACAGAGUCUGUGUGAGCACAAAGACCUGCAGGGAGACAAGAAAGUGGAGGUUGAGCAGACGGUCAAAGACACUGAGCAGCAGUGGGUGACGGUCCUGCGGGUUGCUGAGGAGACACAAAGGCAGUUGAAGGGUGUUGUGGAGCGCCUGGUGUCCUGUGACUACCAGCGAGGCCUGACCGAGGAGCGUCUGUCUGAGUUACAGAAGCAGACCACCAGCCUGCCACGUGUCUUCCCCUGGCCAGGCCUGGGAGAGCGGAGGCAGGCGGUGGAACAGGCCCGGACCAUGCUGGACCAGAGCACAGCCUUGGCCCCCGUCCUCUCAGACCUCCGCACACAGGCUGCAGAACUGUUUGAGAUCACGCAGGAACGUGGCUGGUCAGAACUGUCCUGGGCAGCCAAGCAGGAGUCCAUCCCCGCUCUGCUCAAAGAGCUAACUGAUGCAGUAGUUCAGCUGGAGCAGGGCAUCCUGGCGGAGAGGCAUUGCACCCAGCUGCUGGAGCAGCAUGAAGCAGCCCAGGACUGGCUGAGGGAGCACGUUAAAGGCCUCAGAGCUCCUCCAGCAGACAGACAGGGUCUGCACACCGCUGUCAACACUCUGAAGGCUUUGCUGCAGACAGUGGACAGGGAGCAGAGAGAGAUGAAAGAGCUCGACUCUGCCAGAGACAGUUUGCUGAGCCUCUGCACGCCUGGAGGCCGCGAUGCCCUGACCCUGGAGGUAAGCCAUCUCCAUGAGCUCUGUGCCACCUCGGAGCAGGAGGUGAGGGAGCGCCUGGCGGCCUGUGAGACCCGGCUGGAGGAGCUGGACGGCCAGCUGGCCAGGAAGGCCAAGGGGCUCAAGGAGAGAUCUGCAGCCCUGCAGUGGGAACUGCGCUCCCUGGACCAGGCGCUCAGUUACAGCCAACCCCAGAACAACAUCCCUCAGCUCCAACAGCACUGGCACAGCCUUCAGAACUGUGAGAAAUCGCUGGCAGAUUUGGGUGUGAAAGUUCAGGACCUCCAACAGGAAGUAAGGGCUACACCUGCCACUGAUGAGCUGCCAACAGAAAUUAUGACUCUGGUGAAAUCCUUAUGCCAGCAACAUGACAGUCUAAAGUCCAGGCUGAGUGAGCAUCAGGGUACCUGCUCUACAAACACAGCUCGUUGUCUGAUGGACUCUCUUCACGCCCUGCAGGAAUGGAACCACAGCAAACCAUCAGAAUCCAUUUCUUCAGUCCAGGUGACAUUAGAGGAGGGUGAAAAGUUGCAAGCCAGUCUGCGGGAGGCGCUUUCUCACCAGCAGUUUCUAACCGACUGCUUGAUACCAGUCUUGAUUGGAAAACUAGAGAGAGAAGGUUUGGAGACACUCCGAGAAGCAGACACACAUAAGGCUACUCUCAGCCGCAGCUUAAAGGAACUUGAUAGAAAGAGCAAACAAAAGCUGCCUGGUGUCCUUCAUGGUAAUCUUGAGGAGACAAAGACAUCUGUAGUGGCACCACCACGCAAAAGCAAGCGCUCACCUGAGAAAAAACAUCAACUUAAACUACAAAAAAACAUUCCCUUAACAGAAAAAUCUACAUCUAUUGAGGAUAAAUUGUCGGUUUCGGCUGAGCUGCAAACUGAGGAUAAAACAUUAACAGCCGUCAUGAAAGACAUACAAAUGGCUGGUGUGGAGCAAAGCAGAAUUGAACCAACAAAACAGAAAUCCCAGAGUCCAACAUAUACUUCAGAACCUUUUAAAGCACAACGUAACAACACUUCUCAAGAUGCAGCAUUUAAAAGUCUAAAGUUAGAUACCACAGCUAAGCAAAUAAAACCUGCUGUUGAGGAACCUGUAUUGAUCCAAAAGGUCAUUGAGCAGUCUGCCUCUGGUGUUAGUGAGAAUACUACACCUGUACCGUCCAGGAGAAAGUCCAAGGCUUUGGCCACUGAUACAGAGUCUGCCCAGACUAAGGUGGAGCCUGAAAUGGUAAAAACUAUUAUUACUCAAGGGUCACCCAGGAAUCUAACAGGAACUGCUGCUGUGGAAGAAACAAAGCAUAUAGCAACCAUUAUUCUGGAUGAAACAACAAAGACAAAGACCAAAAAAAAGCCUGGCAGUCAGAUAUCUUUACUGAGAUCCAAAGAGCAAACUAAUGCUGCUGCUGUUGUUGAGAAAAAAACUGUGGUUAUCCCAACCAGGAGGAAGUCAAAUAGUCUUGAGGUUUCCGCUGAUCCAGAGCCAGUGGCAGACAAUGAAAGAACUACAUGGUUGGUACAGGAAUCUGAGAAGUCAACCUCACAGUUUGUUUCAGGACUGGCUGAAACUGUUGUUUUGGAACAAGGUACAGUUUUACCACCAAAGCCAAAGUCAACAACACUUCCUCUGAAACAGACCGGCCAGCAGCCAGCACAGAUGACAGGAGAACUGGAAAGUCAGAGGUCUGCUUUGAGCUUUAGGGAGGAAAAGUCAAAGAGUACUGAACUUACCACAACUUCACAGCACGUUGUUGCACAUAAUAGAACUACUGAUGUGAAACCUGAUGAUAAUAAUAAAGAACCUGACAGCCUGAAGUCUUCGUCAACUCUACAGAUGGCCACAGAAAUAACUGAAACUACUGUUGUGAAAGAAAAAAAGCUUUCCCCAACCAAAAUAAGAUCAAAGGGUCCAGAGACAAAGCAAGAUCCUAGAAGCUGA